AUGUCGGAAAUAUACACAGUUCAAACCACGAACUCGACGUCAUCAAGUCACACAAAUACGCUGGGUCUCUCAUCAAGUUUUACUUUCUGGAUACUCAGCAUCGUCAGUGCCUACUGGCUUCUCGUUCGCACUCUCCGGUAUAGGCGUCGUGAUGGCCUCACUCACCGCUUGAAUUACCCCGACCGUUCUUCAUGGAGUCGUAUGACUGUUAAAGAUGCGCAUUCAGUACAUGUUUCUCUUACAGAACUCGAAUUCCCGAUCGUGUUCCACACAUCCACAUUCUUCGCCCUCUUCAAAACCUAUGGCAUCCCCAGUAUCUCGAAGCUGCUUGUCGCAACAGGACAACUGUCCUGCCCGGACACAGCAUCAAAACGAGCUGCUGAUACCGCUACUAUCAUGACCGAGGCUAUCAUCAACAAACCUGAUUCCGAACGCGCCAUCUGUGGCAUAGCGCGUAUGAACUACCUUCAUAGUCGGUAUAUCAAAGCCGGGAAGAUAUCGAACGACGAUAUGUUGUAUACGCUCAGUCUCUUCGUUCUUGAACCUAUCAGGUGGACUGCCAGGUACGAGUGGCGAACUGUAACGGACUUCGAGAGAUGCGCUAUGGGUGUUUACUGGAAGGAUAUGGGCGAGGCGAUGAAGAUAUCAUACGACACCCUACCUUCAGCGAGUCACGGAUGGCGUGACGGAUUCCAUUGGCUUGAAGAGGUAGAAGCGUGGAGUCUGGCAUAUGAGGCUCAAAAUAUGGUGCCUGCUGAUACGAACGCAACACUUGGUCGUGGUACUUUCGAUGUCGCCUUGUUCAACGUGCCUUCCGCUCUCAAGCCUUUCAGCUUUACGGUGGCGCAUAUGUUACUCGAGCCGCGCUUGCGGAAAGCGAUGAACAUACCGCAACCCCCUGCCGUCUACUACCAAUUUCUAGAAACAUUGGUCGAGAUUCGCAAGUUCUUGCUCCGAAACUUCUUCCUCCCGCGUCCGUACUUCCUACGCCCGGAUUGGUUCACAGAAAUCGACGAGCGCACUGGCCGCGCCCAUGCUGGUCAAUACAUUGACAGGCCGUGGUACAUCAAGCCGUCGUUCAUGAAGAGGUGGGGUCCAAACGCUUUGCUACUGCGACUUGUUGGGGGUGUCGUCCCAGGCGACAAACGAUAUCAUCCAGGAGGAUAUCGAAUCCAUGAGCUUGGUCCUUCAGAGCUUGUGGGGAAGGGCGAAGCUGAGAUGCGGACUACGCGGAACGAGUUGAGAGCGAAAAGGGUGGGCUCAGCAGGUCUGGGCGCGCAGAUAGCACGCGUAUUCGCACCAGACUUCCGUGUAGUAAUAAACUACUCCUCAAACUCCGACCGAGCCAACACCCUCAUGAAAGAGCUCGCCUCCAUACCAGGCCCAUCUUCUGAUUCCAACCCACGCUUCCACCUCAUCCAAGCCGACAUGUCCUCCAAGCCCUCCGUCCAAAACCUCGUCCAAGAAACCAUCUCAACAAUGGGCCGCCUCGACGUCGUCGUCUCAAACGCCGGCUGGACGCGCAUGACGACCUUCACGGACAUCGAACAGCAGAUAAACGACGAAGACUGGGACAAGUGCUUCACCAUGAACGUAAAAACACACAUGUGGCUCGCCUACGCCGCGAAAGACGCCUUAGCCUCCACCGAAGGCACUUUCAUCUCCACAGCGAGCGUAGCGGGAGUCAAGCCCAGUGGGAGCAGCGUGCCGUAUGCUGUUACGAAAGCGGCGCAGAUACAUCUUGCGAAGAGCUUGGCUGUUAUUCUUGCGCCCAGGAUUAGGGUCAAUAGUAUUAGUCCUGGUAUGUUGCUUACGGAGUGGGGACUCAAGUUUCCGGAGAAGAAGAGGGAGGCGGCGAUACAGAAUACCAAGUUGAAGAGGUUGGCGACGGUGGAGGAUUGUGCGGAGCAGGUUAGGGUGUUGGCGCUUAGUAGGAGUAUUACGGGGCAGAAUAUUUCGAUUGAUGGGGGGUCUUCUGUGUAG